AAGUGCGUUUCUUUAAAACUUCAUGAAUACCUAUUUAUGUCGUUGAAAAGUGGAGAUUGAAAAAUAUGAAUCGAAAAUUACUGCUCAUCCUUUGCCAAAUGGGAUACUUCGCAGACACACUGCAAGAGGGCGAGAAAAAAGGAUACUACGUUUGUGACAGUGACGUAUGUAAAGAGCGGGCAAAACAAAUUAUGGAUUCGAUAGACACAUCCGUUGGACCCUGCGAUGAUUUCUACGCCUACGCCUGUGGUGGUUGGAGGGAAAAAAACAGCGACAAACUUAACGGACGAUCGUCUUUUGGUAUUAUUCAGAUGCUCAGUGAGAAUCUGAGACAAAGCCUGAAAAGAAUAAUGGGAAAUAUUCCACUUGUAACAGAAAAUCAGACCAUCGUAGAAAAGAUCGCCAUAGCGUUCAAAUCCUGUGUAGCUCUUUCGGGUGCCGAAGAGCCGUAUGAAGAUUUCCUUCAAAUAUUGAAGGCAUCUGGACUUGAAGGGUGGCCGAUUGCGCCUGAAAUCAGUGAUCCAACCUCAAUCAAGACAAGCUCGAAAGAAAUGCUGCUGCAAACUGGAAUGCAAUCUGUACUCGGCUUUUAUGUCGGGAGAGGUGCGAUAGAUCCCGCUUCCUAUUACAUACAGCUUGACCAAGUUGACUUCAAUUUGUUGCAACGAGACGUACUCCUGCACCCAGGCAGCGAGGAGAACAAGCCUGUAAUUGACACCUACAAAACGCUAAUGGAAAAAGCAAUGGAGUUCGUGAGACCAAACAUCUCAAAAGAAGAGGUCGCCAGUAUCUCGGAGACACUUCUGGAAUUUGAGGGGCAGCUGGCCAAUCUCACUACUCCACCAGAAGACAGGCAGGAUGUCUCAAAUAUUUAUCACCACAUUACUAUCGGCGAACUGCAGAAGAAAUAUCCGGAUUUCCCCCUGCUGAAACUGCUCAACCGCGAGUUCUCCAUGGCCGAUAUCACGUUGAAUGAAACGGAGUAUCUAGAUUUUUAUGCCAUGAGCUACUAUAGCAAGCUGACAGAGUUCCUCCAUCAAGUGAAGCCUGACGUACUGUUCAACUACGCCGGCUUCCGCAUGGUGAUCAGCUUGGGCGAAUAUGCUUCCAAAGAAAUUCGAAAUGCAUUAUCGGAAGUGAGAGGAGAUCCCACUGAAAAUUAUGAUUGGAAAAAGUGCAUACAAUUGUUCAGAGAACAAACGACAGAUAUUAUGGACUAUUUGUAUGUGCAAGAAAUGUUCAGCCUUGAAGGCAAGAUAGAGGUGGAAUAUAUAGUCGAGAAGCUUACAGAGUCUUUCAGUAAAAUUGUGCAGAGCAGCGAUUGGAUGGAUGACCACACUAAGAAAAUAGCACUCGAAAAGCUCAUCAAAAUGAAAUCGAAGAUUGGCUACCCGUUGCGGUUGACGAGCACCGAUUAUAUCGAUGAACUCUAUAACAGAGUUCCACCCGUCACCCUCCAGAAUUCAUUCCUAUAUAUAUGGGACAAAAUAUUAGAAAGCAACUACAUAAAUAAUUUGAAGCAGCUUCACGAAAACCACGACGAGGACGCAGAUUGGCCAGUCGGACCCGCCAAUGUCAAUGCUUUCUACAAUCCACAUGGCAAUGAAGUGGUGUUUCCUUCUGGCAUACUGCAGGAUCUCUUUUUCAAACAUGAACUUCCAUGGUCACUAAACUUUGGUUCUAUUGGUGCGGUGAUUGGACAUGAAAUCACACACGGACUUGACUUGACAGGAAGCCAGUAUGAUGCAGAAGGUCAACUGGAUCCUUGGUGGAGCGACCAAACGCACAAGAAUUACGAGGCAAAGGCGGCUUGUUUUAUAAGUCAAUAUGGCAAAAUAAUUAACCCAGAUGUAAACUUAACGCUUAGAGGAAGCGAUACUCUUAACGAAAACAUCGCAGACAAUGUUGGAUUGCGGAUGGCUUUCGCGGCGUAUCAAGAAAUAAUAAAGAAACGAUGCGAGAAAAAUGACACUCGAUUAAAUGGCCUCGAACACAUCUCUGGAAAAGAAUUAUUCUUCCUAUCGAAUGCAAUGGCAUGGUGUGAAGUCAUCACUGAGGACGGACUCCGGUGGGAUAUUGAAAAUAGCAGGUACAGUCCAAACCAAUACAGGCAAGUAAAGCUCUCGUUAUUUCGUGAUCACUCUUCAGGCGCAUGCAAUAUUUGCUGACGAAGUGGCGUGCAAGUACGGCAAUGACGAUUAGAAAGAUAUCACGUCAGCUCUAUAUUUCCGUCCCACACUGCGCCAUAGUGCGGUUACUCUCGGCAGCACAUCAUUGUGACGCAAUGCACACAAUAGUCAGACCCUGCAGGAAAGUACUCUAAUAGUUUUAGAGCAUGACAAGGCUGAUUCCACAAAUAUUAUUGUACAAUCAAUUUCCGCUUCUCUAUUCAGGCUGUCCCAGUAUGCCCAAAUUAUU